AUGGGGAAGGGAGAUGUCUUGGAGACAGCACCAACCACCACAGCCUACCGCUCUGUCAUGGAGGAGUAUGGUUAUGAUGUGGGCAAGGUCAUUGGCAAUGGCUCCUAUGGGACGGUGUAUGAGGCUUACUUCACUAAGCAGAAGGUCAUGGUGGCUGUCAAGAUCAUCUCAAAGAAGAGGGCGUCUGAGGACUACCUUAACAAGUUCCUGCCCCGUGAGAUACAGGUAAUGAAAGUCUUGCGGCACAAGUACCUCAUCAACUUCUAUCAGGCCAUCGAGACCACAUCCCGAGUGUACAUCAUUCUGGAGCUGGCUCAGGGUGGUGAUGUCCUUGAAUGGAUUCAGCGCUAUGGGGCCUGCCCUGAGCCCCUUGCUGGCAAGUGGUUCUCCCAGUUGACUCUGGGCAUCGCCUACCUGCACAGCAAGGGCAUCGUGCACCGCCUGACCCCCAGCCUUUCUGCUGCUGGUAGGGACUUAAAGUUGGAGAACCUGCUACUGGACAAGAGGGAGAACGUGAAGAUAUCGGACUUUGGCUUCGCCAAGAUGGUGCCUUCUAACCAGUCUGUGCGUAGUAGCCCUUCUAACCGCCAAAUGAACUGCUUUUCUCACCUCAGCCAGACCUACUGUGGCAGCUUUGCUUAUGCCUGCCCGGAGAUCUUGCUAGGCUUGCCUUACAACCCUUUCCUGUCUGACAUCUGGAGCAUGGGCGUCAUCCUCUACACUCUAGUGGUUGCCCAUCUGCCCUUUGAUGACACCAAUCUCAAGAAGCUGCUGAGAGAGACUCAGAAGGAGGUCACUUUCCCAUCUAACACCACCAUCUCCCAGGAGUGCAAGAACCUGGUCCUCCAGAUGCUAUGCCAAGCUACCAAGCGUGCCACCAUCCUGGACAUCCUCAAGGAUUCCUGGGUGCUCAAGUUCCAGCCUGAGCAACCCACCCAUGAGGUCAGACUGCUUGAGGCCAUGUGCCAGCCCCCCAGCACCACUAAUCCUCACCAAUCCUUGGAAAUCACAACCUGA